GUAAAGUUAGGAAGAUCUUAAGUUUAAUAUGAAUAACAUAAAGUAGACUUAAAAAAUACACAUAAAGCAGUAAACAGCUAUACAAUUUUUCAUUCGAAAAAAUGUAUUUUCAAUUUGUUGUUAUUUUCAGUUUAGUAAACUAUGUACAAUUAGAUAUGACCAACGCAGAAGAAAAUAAGACGUCUAGAGAGAACGAUACUGUGGCUAAAACACUGUCUGAUAGUCAAGAUCUGAUAAAAACUGUCAUGGGUCAAUUGUAUCAACCGAAAAUUGACGUUGACAUUUUGCGCAAAUCAAUUGAGGAUUCUAAGCUAACCAAUAAAGAAAUUGAGGAGCUUGAAAUUGCAUUCAAAAAACACACAACACAAGACAACGAUAAUAUAACCGCAGAACAAUUCCUAACUGUUAUUAAUUCUCAGGGUGUAACAUGGACAUUGGACGAAUGCAAAAAUUAUUUUAAAGCUUAUAAUAUUGAAAAUGAAACAAUUAAUUACGAACAGUUUAUUGGUAUGAUAAAACGUCUUCAUAAAAUAUACCUUACACCAUUAGAGGCAAUGACAGUGGAAGAUAUCGAAUGGUUAAAUAUUUUCAAAAUAUACGACCUGGAUAGAGACGGUGAAAUAAGUGCAAAAGAGAUGUACACAGUAUUGAAUUCAAACAACAGAUCGUGUAAAAUGGAAUGCAUCACAUCACUUAUUGAUUUACACGAUUUCGAUAAAAACGGUUCACUUAAUAUUGAAGAGUUUCGAUAUUUUAAUAUGAUUAAGGGAAACGCAAAAGAUCAUUACAAACAAAUGUUCAAUAUUAUUGACGAAGACAAAAACGGAUUGAUUAGUAAAAAUGAGCUAUCCCGUUUUUUAACACUUCAUCACUUUGGGAUGAGUCAGGAUGCUAUAGUAAAUCUCACGAGAUGGACUGACGAAGAUGAUGACGGCCAAAUUAAUAUGAACGAGUUCUUUAAUUAUAAUAAUAUCAAAGACACUACCGAGGAACAUUAGAUGAUGUAGUAUUGACUUAUAUCUACAUAAUAAUAAUUAAAAUUAUAUAACACUUAUGAUAAAAAUAAAAUAAAAAAAUUAUAUAUAACCUAUAACUAUGUAUGAUACACCAUAAAAAAGAUUUAAAAUAAUAACAACUCUAAAU